AUGAUUAAUGGCCCUCAUAUAGAUUUCCUUUCCAAGUUGCCGUAUGAGCUUGCGACUUAUAUUCUCCACUUUGUGGAUAUGCACAACUUGGCCAAGGUAGCACUCAUCUCCAGGACAUGGAAUCAGUUUGCUAAGGAUAACGAAGUUUGGAAGUCCGUCUUUCUGCACCAGAAGCGAUGGAAGAUCAAGAUACCCCCGCAACAAACUAAGCCGCUUAAUUGGAAAAUGCUUUGCCAUGAUCGUAAAAAGCUGGAGGAGCGUUGGACCUCGGUCCCGUCGAAAACAAAACUUGUGGGCCAUACCGAUAGUGUUUACUGCGUCCAGUUUGAUGAUAAUAAGAUCAUCACCGGCUCAAGGGACCAGACGAUUAAAAUCUGGGACAUUCAUACUUUGCAGUGCAUCUACACCCUGCGAGGUCAUUCUCAGUCUGUUCUCUGUUUGCAGUUCAACGAUAAGGUCAUGGUCUCAGGAUCGUCUGACAACAGCAUUAUUGUAUGGGACAUGGAGACUCGCCAACCCAUAAGGCGGUUACAAGGACAUACUGCUGGAGUUUUAGAUGUCUGCUUUGAUGACAACUAUAUUGUCAGCUGCUCCAAAGACACAACGAUUAGGAUUUGGGAUUUUCAUACCGGUAAUUUGAUCAGGACAUUGACAGGACACCGUGGACCAGUGAAUGCAGUUCAGUUACAUAAGGAUCAAGUGGUAUCUGCAUCAGGAGACGGCAUGGUCAAAUUGUGGAGUGUGACUACAGGACAAUGCGUGCGCGACUUUAUCGGUCAUGAGCGAGGCCUGGCCUGUGUUCAGUUUGAUGGGGAGACAAUCGUCUCUGGCUCUAACGACAAAACUAUUAGAAUUUGGGAAGCAGCUACAGGGCGGUGUCGUCGAGUGUUAACCGGGCACGAUGGCUUGGUGAGGACACUCCAUUUUGACCAGAACAGAAUUGUUAGUGGAAGCUAUGACUACUCAAUUAAAAUUUGGGACAUGACAACAGGAGAAGUAACCCUGGAUCUCAAAAACGGACAUACUAGCUGGGUGUUUGAUGUACAAUUCUCAGCACGGCGUAUUAUCAGCACUUCACAAGACAGAAGUAUCGUUGUCUGGGAUUUUGCACCAAGCGGUAUCGAGGAUAUCGACGUACGACUCUUCUUGUAA